AGACCCGGCAACUCAGAAUCACAAACACACAAACAAAGCAUUCUCCUUGCGCUGAGUGCUCUCAAGAUACUCCAUUGGCGCGGCCAUUGCCCUGCUCUCAGCCUCUCACCAGCUCCAAUCCCAGCGACCACCUGCAAAACAAUGGCUUCUUCUCGCUACGUGGCCAUGAGCCUUGCUCUGCUCCUGCUCAUGAGCCUGCGACCGUCAAGCGCGCGGCUGCUCCGCCCGACGGGGAACGACGGCGAAGGCGUCUCCAGAGGCAUCGUGGAUGCAGCUAAGGAGGUGAAGGAGGCCGUCGUCGACAAGUAUGCGCCGCUCCUCCUCGCCAUGCUGCCGAGGGGGCCCGUGACGCCGUCCGGCCCGAGCGGCGGCACGAAUGAUGUCCCCCGGAAUUAGUCGACUACCAGCACCGGCGGCCGUUUGACUUCGUGGUCGACUGGCCACAUGGAGAUCUGUACGGCUUACCGGUAGGCUAGAUCCAUUUAUUGAUAGUGGGUGGGCUGUUAUUGAUUAGUUCUGUGACUUAGCUUUCAUGUACAAAAUACAGUGGAUUGGUAGGUUUGUACGGGCGUAUAGUAUGGGCAUACAGUCUUAUACCAUUCUUUUGUUUGUCGUCUGUAUUUCUGAAAUCUUUGAAAGAGAGUUAGCAAGUAAGUACAACUGUGCACGUUUGAGUUACACAAACAGAUGGAAAAUAUCAGAAGAUUGACUAGGAGCAAUUGCUCGUUUACACAUUGAAAAGUGAGCUGUGUUUUAAAAAGGGAAUAAAUAAAAAAUGUGGAAUAGAAAACUUUCAGCUA